GCAACCAACCUCAUUCUAUCCCAUUGACACCACUUAUUGUACAGCAACAAUGUCAGCAGAUACCAAAGGAAAGAAGCGCAAGUCGGGCGAAAAUGUUGAGCCUGUCGCAAAGAAGGUCAAAACCACUGCCGUUGUGAACAAAUCCGCAGACCGACCUUCGCCCGCGAAAUCUGCUCUCAAGGGCAGCAAAACCGCCAAAGUCGAGACUACUGUAACCGAGAAGCCGGCGAAAGAGAAGAAGAGUGGAAAGCCAGCUAAGAAGGUCGUUGAAGAGGUUGUUGUGGAAGAAGAGCCCGUCGCAGCGGAAGCCGACGACGAAUCCGAUGGCGGCGCAGAGCUCACACCAGACCAAACUGCCGCGCUCCUCGCUGGUUUCUCCUCCGAUGAGUCUGAAGACGAAGACGAUGUCGAUCGCGACCAGGACGGCAUUCCCAUCGAGAAGCUGCCUGCACUUCCAAAGACCGAGAAAGAGAUCGCACGCGAGCUGAAAAUCUCGAGAAUCAAGCCAAAGAAAGACGGCGCAGCAGACCCAGAGGCCACACCAGGCGUCGUCUACAUGUCUCGACUUCCACACGGCUUCUACGAGAAACAAUUGCGCGCAUACUUGGCGCAAUUUGGCGAUGUGACGAAUCUCCGCCUGGCAAGAAACAAGAAGACGGGAAAGAGCAAGCAUUAUGCAUUCGUUGAGUUCGCUGCUUCGACAGUCGCGGAUAUCGUAGUCAAGACAAUGGACAAGUAUUUGAUGUUCGGACACAUUCUGCAAUGCAAGCGCGUGCCACCAGAGCAGGUCAAAGAGGGCAUCUGGAAGGGCGCAAAAGCUGUGAAGGGUAACGGUAAAGCACGGCCGAGGAACAGAAUUGAAGGCUCCAGAUUGAGGAAAGGAACUGAUAAGGAAGGCUGGGAGAAGCGCAUCACUCGCGAGAGUGAGAGGCGGAAAGAGAAGGCUGCAAAACUCGCUGAACUGGGAUACGAUUUCGACAUGCCUGAUGUGAAGGGUGUGGAGGCCGUGGCGGCGCCGAAAGAGAUUGAACGGGCAAAGGCUGGAGCUGAGACGAAGAAGUCUAAAAAAGCGAUCAAGAAUGCUGAGGAGGAAGCACCGGUCGUGGAAGAGACUGUUGUGGCGGCUGUUGAGAAUGGAGCGAACGGGAAGGCCGUUGUUGCAGAGAAGACGACCAAGAGGAAGACUAAGAGUGGAGAGGUCAAGACCACGACCGAGAAGACGAAGAAGAGGAAGACCAAGGCUUAAGCAAGUACAUCGUAAUGAAUCGGCGGGAAUCGUUAACAUCAGGAUCCGACAACUCUGAAUUCGUGUCGCUUCCGUCCGAUACGGUACCAUACCUGUUCUCAGUCAUGGUGAACCGCCAAGCCACAACGUAGGCCUCGAGCAACCAGUUCAACCCAAGACGAUCUCCCUCACCUGCGGCUUAGCCAUCUCCCACGCAUCACAAUGCACCUGUCCAACUCCGGUCCUUCUCGCCGACCCGUUCUCGCCGCCAUCCCUCUCAAUCAUCAAAACAUUCACCACCUUUCCUCCAUCCUCCACGCCAUUCCAAACUUCAUGAUCCAUGCCAUUGCUGUUCGCCCUCCGGAACCACAUACGAGUUGUUCUCCCCAGCGUCCUCAUAAUCCGGAUUAUACGGGUAAUACAUUCCCCAUGGCAUAGGAGGCUCCGAUAAGGCAAUGAGUUCGACUUCUCGUAGGGAAGAGGUCUCACCCAAAUGGCGGAAGUCUUGACUCAGUUCGCGAAGAUCGGAAGGGGAAAUUGAGAAUGGAAUGUGAGGGAAGAUGACGCCAGCAAAGGAAGAGUUGAUGAAUAUUUGGUGGGCGCGUGAAGUGGUAUUGGGAAGGACGGGAGAGGUUUGUUCGAAAUUGGAGCCCCAGAAUGUUGGCGCGAGAUGGACGGUGGCUGUUGGUGCGGAGAAGCGGAGUUCGCUGUGCUGAAGGCAAGAUGCAUCGAUAUCAGGAUCUAAGUAGAUGUCGUCCGGCCGGAGUUCGAUAAAGGGAGAAGUCUCUUUGUGGCAGUCAUCUUCUCCUUCUCGAUUCCUGGGUGCAAGCACAGUAUACCCUCCUUACACAAGCGGCUCACAAUCACUACUCGGCGCUCCAGACUCGAAACUUGUGACUCCCAAAGGAUAGUCCACGCGACCUUUCCAGCCAGCCCACGACCAAGAGGGCAGGAAUGUCGGAUCCGUUUCUUUUGCUUCUACGCCAAAGGCAACCUGUUUCCGACGUUCACUAUAGUCGAUGGGUCUCCAGACCAGCCAGUCCGUCACAAGGAGAGCCAGAGGCAACCCGCAGAGGAAUCUCUCUUGUGUCUCUUUCGUCACGAUGCGGAACAGCCCGUCAAUUGCGUUAAGAAUAUCUGUCGAAACAGUUAUCUGCCGAGCUGUGUACUCUCUGACUAUAGCUCCAUACGAAUGCGCGGCGCCUGACAUGGACGGACCCUCGAAAUCGUCGGACGAGGGGGAAAUCUCAUAUCGACAACAGAUUGGCAGUGUCCCGUUCUUCUUCCGAAACACUUCUUGCUCAUCGGCAUUAUGAAGACAAGUUCGGCGAACAUAAUCCUCGUGAAGAGUCUCUUUCGGACAGUAGAAUGCAACCUGCUGCGGUAGGAACACCAAUUGCCGCUUGGACAUUUCGUCUUCUUGAUAAGUCCAUGCCCGCGU